GACCACUGCCUGACUACACCAUAUAAAAACAAAACAUUCUAUAUCUAAACAACACCUAAAUUUAUUGAAUUUAUUUCCAAAACUUGAAUUAUUUCAAAGCUAAUUAAUAAAUGCUCAACUAUUAUUUACACAUAGCGUCCAAAAUGACGUGAACGCAAUUAGUUUAGUUAACAGCAGGACUGCAAAAGAGAAUCACUAAAUUUUGUUGCUCCGAAAAUGUCUUCUCAAUUUUCAAGGCAAAAUUCUAAACAGCAAAGGUUUUCUAUUGAAGAUGCUUUCGAGGAAGAAACUGACGAGGCCAUAAAGGUUUAUGGGACCACCAGCCCUACCACGCCUAAUGGUAAGCUGGGCCAGGGCGAUUCUAUAAGUGUUACUAUUGAAAAUGGCCGGGGCUACAAAGCAGUUACAGAUACGUCCAGAGACAGUGACUCCUUGAUCCAAGACUACUAUGAGUGUUCCAGCGAGGAGAACCUUCACCGAUCUUGUUUCACACACCCAAAAGUUCGUGAAAAUUGGCGAAUGGUUUUGGCAGCUACCACCCUACUUAUUAUAGGUUCCGGGUUACUUGUAACUGGUACUCUCACUUUAAGUGAACCCAAUUCUGUGUUGCAAGGAUCUGUGUUUUUAUUGGCUGGCCUUAUAUGUUUUGUACCUGGAGCCUACCAUGUGGUGUAUAUUUGUCUGGCAGCUAAAGGCAAAAGGGGUUACCACUUCCAUAAUUUACCACUAUUUACGUAAAUACGUAUGAGCAUUACAUAAAAAGUCCAUAGUAUAGUCUGUGAAUCUCAAAUCUUCUAUAGUAUGGAAUGGAUUGAUACUAUAGUAGAUAACUUUAGCAUUUUUAGCAUUGUUCAAAUAUGGUUGUAAAUAAUUGUUUUCGAUUAAUAAUUUUAGCACUUUUUUGUAACUUUUUAACGCACUGAUUGGUUUGAGAUUAGAUAUUAUUAGGUAGUAUGUAUUUUAGUUUAUUGUAAACUAUAAAGAGAGCUUUAAGAAUAUAUGAGGGUAUAAUUUUCAGAUAAAUUGCUACUACUAAUGCGAUACUAUAGCAAAACUUGUCUUUCAUUUUUAACUAAAAAUCUGAUUAAAGUUUUGUAAAUAGUCCGUUUAUAAAGUCUAAAGAGUUUUCCUGAGAUUUUGGGGACUCACUAGGGCCUUGGGUUUAUCGUUUAAAUUGAGCGCUGGUCGCCCCCCCUAAUUUUGGCCAAUCAGCGUCCAAAAUAAAACAUUACGUACUCAAAAAAGUCUAUAGACUUUAUGAACGGACUUUAGAUACCCUUAUUUCUAUUUAACCGUACUAAAUAAUUAUUUUUUAGUUAAUUUGUGCAAAAUCGCUACCUAUCUAUAAUAACAUUUAAAUGUUAAAGCAAAAGCUUGAAAUUGUUGUAUAUAAUUUUUUUAUUUUCAUGUAACCACAAAUAUUUAUUAUUUUCUAAUUUCUUCUAUGGCCACCCUUGUAUAAAACCCUUCCACUAACAAAGUUUUUAAUGUGCCAUACAUAUAGUUUUUUUUUUUCCAAUUGCCAUAAUAUAUUUACGCAGACGUUUAUUUGGGGCAUCCCUAUUUUUGUAAUUUUUGAGCCAAAGUGAAUUUUUGAUAAUGCAAUGCAAUUUUUAAAUAAUAGGAGUAUACAACCUUUGAUAAAAUCAAAGGUUAAUAAUUAAUUUAGUUGAUAUGUAAACUUAUUUUAAUUGUGAUUAUUAUUUGUAAUAUAAUAUAUUUAGUAUGAUUUUUUUUCUUAUUUAUUCCUUACUUUCAGUGCAAGAUAAC